AUGGUGCAGCGUUGCCCUGAAGGGGCAGUGCAAGACCUGAGCCAGGUGCAAGACGGACACCUGGAUGGUGUUGACGACAUUUGCUCGUUGUCCAUUGUGACCGAAGCGGCCUUGCUGCAUACCGUCCGAGUGAGGUCCUUCAGGCAGCAGAUCUACACGCGUGUUGCGCGCAUUUUGAUUUCCGUGAACCCAUUCCAUUCCUUGCCAAUCUACUCCGCUAAGUACCUCAAAGAUUUCCAAGAUGCGAAGGAUUCUUUCGAUCUCCAGCCGCACAUCUAUGGCACUGGUCACGAUGCCUUGCGGGGCCUAGCUGAGGGGAACAAGGACCAGGCCAUUGUGAUCAGCGGCGAAUCUGGAGCGGGCAAGACCGAGUCAGCCAAAUUCCUCCUGAGCUAUGUCGCUGAGUGCGUGAAAGGCCGUGAUUUGCACGGCAAUGGGGCCCUGCACGGCUUGGAGGCACGCGUGCUGCAGACGAAUCCCAUCCUGGAAUCCUUUGGCAAUGCCAUGACCACCAGGAAUGCCAACUCCAGUCGCUUUGGCAAAUGGUUGGACCUGCGAUUUUCUCAGGCUUUGGGGAUGAAAGGAUGUCAGAUCACCAGCUAUCUACUGGAAGUGACCCGAGUUUGUGGCCAAAGUGAAGGUGAACGAGGCUUCCACAUCUUCUUCCAGUUGCUCCAGGCAUCAAAUGAAGGUGCUCUGAAGUUCUUGGGCUUGAAAGAUCCCUCCAGCUACAGAUAUCUGAAAAACAGUGUGUUGUCAGCCCCUGGCAUCGACGAUCGGCAGAACUUUGCCGAUCUCAGACAUGCCUUCAAUCUGCUUGGGUUUCCUGAAGAGGAGCAGAUGCAGGCCUUCCAGAUUCUUGCAGGGAUCUUGAAUCUGGGAAACUUGGAGUUCUUCAGCACAGAAGACGAGGAGGAGCUCCGCCUGGAAGGUGACGAGCCGCUGCUGGCUGCUGCCAGGCAGCUGCGUCUGCCGCUGGAGCAGCUCCGGCAGGGCCUGCUGCGACGGAAGGUGGUCACCGGACGAGAUGCCAUCGAGACAUAUCUGCGCUUGGAUCAAGCCAGGGCGGCACGAGAUGGCUUGUCGAGGAUGCUCUAUGGGAGACUCUUUGACUGGCUGAUCCAACGCAUGAAUGAUGGACUCGAGAUCAGCAAUGGUCACCACCCAGAUGGAAAAGAAGGUCGACCCAAUGGAACUGCACCGCGACUUCUAGGCAUCCUAGACAUCAGUGGUUUUGAGAGCUUCGCUACGAAUUCACUGGAGCAACUCUUGAUCAACUUGAGCAAUGAAGAGCUGCAACUGCAGUUCAAUGAAGCAGUCUUCAAGUCUGAGAUUGAAGACUGCCUCAAGGAGGGCAUCGACCUGGGCGCCACCAUCCAGUAUGAGGACAACUCAGAUGUGGUGGCCCUCAUUGAUGGCCGUGGUGGCAUGCUGGACAUGCUGGACGAGGAGUUGGCAAUGCCCAAAGCCACGGAUGCCACCUUUGUGAACAAGGUUUUGAAAGCCCAUAGCCCCUCAGAGCGCUUGAUCGUGCCCAAAUUCCAGGGAACUGUAGGCUUUGGCAUUCAACAUUAUGCGGCGACAGUGACAUACUCAUGCGAUGGAUUCUUGGAGAAGAAUGCCGAUCGACUUCCCUUGGAGACCGUUGCAGAUUUGCUGCAAGCCUCCGAACUUCCUCUGCUUCAAGAGAUUGGCCAAAGCCUUGAGCAGGCACAGCGCACCAGCAGUCCACAACGAGGACGGCAGAGUCGCAGCGCCACGUGUCGCUUUCGCAACUCUUUGAGGCAGCUCAUGGCGAAGAUCCAAGCAUCGGAGACGCACUACGUGCGUUGCAUCAAACCCAAUGCGCAAAAUCGGCCCAAGGAGUUCACAUCUGUGAUGGUUCACGAGCAGCUUCGCUACAGUGGGGUCUUGGAGGCUGUUCGCAUUCGAAAGCAGGGCUUCAGUUGCCGCAUGCUCUUCGAGGAGUUCCUACUGCGCUACCGAUGCCUCACCCUGUUGGCUCCUGGAUCUUCCGACCGAGGCGCCACCGUCCAGAAGCUGCUGGAGUGGGCAGCAGAAAAGCUGGCAGUGCCCGGACUGCGACUUGGAUCAAGGAGAUCUCUGACUGGGAUGGCUGCGAACUGA